CUCUCUCUCUCUCUCUCUCUCUUCUCUCUAUCCUUUUCUUCAUCUCUGAAUUACUAAAUACCAAUUUCUCUAAGAUCCAUCUUUGACCUUUUGCUUUGCUUAAUUAGUAUUCUUCUUUUUCUGGGAUUAUUUUGGCUUUUUUCCCCAUGCGCAAUGCUCUUUUUCUUAUCUUGUUAUUUGGGGUUGCUUCACCGUGUGACCUCACAGAAUUUCAAUUUUCUGCGACGUGAUUUCUUGCUCUUUCUGCUUCUUCUCUGUUUGGUUUUGUUUCUAUUCUUUGAUUAGUUUAUUCUUUAGUUCUUACGAGCUAGCUGCUCAACAAACAAACAAAAAUUGGUGAAUGAUAAAAUAUUUCGACGGAAUCUGAAUUGUUUUUUUGUUUGUAAUUUACUUGCGAAGGGUGUGUGUCUUGUGGCAUUCUCUAAAACAAAAACAGGGUUAUUGAAGGGGACUUGCUUGUUGUGCUUAUGCUUCUGCAAAAUUCAACCAUGCCAGGGAUAACUCCAAUUUCACAAAGACUUAUCUUGGAUAUAUUGGGUUAAAAGGUUUGAUUUGGUUUGCAGAUCUAAAGGUGGAAGGGAAUUAUCGUGUAGUGUAAAAAUAUAGCACCAUCUCAUGGAUAAGAGCCUCGGCUUAAAGGGGAAAUUUUUGCCUUUGUUUGAUUAGGUUUAGUGAAGAUCAAACAACAGGACUUUUAAAAGAUAAAUAAAUUCUAUAGCUGAGAAGGACAUUCUCAUAUUUUCACUCACAACACACAUAUGUGUGUGCGUGUUUGUGUUUAUCUAUGAUGCACCGAUACGAUACGCGUAUCGGCGAUACGAUUAUUUAAAAAUAUAUAGGAUACGAUACUUGUAAGAUACGUGUUCAUCAAGGACCAAUAGUUUUAGUUUUUAUAUUAAACAUGUUUAUAUAUCUUAUUUAGCUGUAAUGGGUAUUUCAUAAAUUUUCAAAAAUUUGAACACUUUAUUGAUACGUAUCACUAAUAAGUAUCGGUGAAGUAUCUGAAAGUAUCAAAAUUGAAUAAAAUUUUUAUAAUAUUUUUAAAGGCUAGGAUACUUCAUUGACACGUAUUGGUGAAGUAUCCAAGAGUAUCGUAUCGGAUACGGAUACGUGAAGCAAAUUGAAGUAUCCGUGCUUCAUAGGUGUUUAUAUAAUAUAUUUUUUUUUUUUUUUUUUUUAUCUUGAACCGUACUGCUUCCAUUUUACCUCUGCUUUGCAAAGAAUAAUAGGUUGGUCCAGAAAAGAUAAGAGCAUCACGAUGAUGUCAAGAUAUCAGCAGUCGAUCAUAGGUAUUUUUGUUUUGUGGCUCUGAUAGAGAAGUGAUUCUAAACAAAUUUAUAUGGGGGCUGGGGAAGAGAGCACACCUAAACCUUCUAAAUCAUCUUCAUCAACUCAGCAGGAGACACCAACAGUACCUGCUUAUCCUGAUUGGUCAGGCUCCGUGCAGGCCUAUUAUGCUCCUGGAGCCACUCCACCUCCCUUUUUUGCCUCAACUGUUGCUUCCCCAACUCCUCAUCCCUAUUUAUGGGGAAGCCAGCAUCCUUUGAUGCCACCAUAUGGGACUCCAGUCCCAUAUCCAGCUUUAUAUCCUCCUGGGAGUAUCUAUGCUCAUCCUAGCAUGGCAGUGACUCCAAGUGCUGUCCAGCAAAGUACAGUAAUUGAAGGGAAGGGGACUGAUGGAAAAGAGCGGGACUCAUCCAAAAAAUUGAAAGGAACUUCUGCAAAUACAGGUUCCAAGGCAGGAGAGAGUGGAAAGGCAGGCUCCGGUUCAGGCAAUGAUGGCAUGUCACAAAGUGGCGAAAGUGGUUCAGAGGGUUCGUCAAAUGCUAGUGAAGAGAAUACUAACCAACAGGAAUCAGCUACAAAUAAGAAGGGAAGCUUUGAGCUGAUGCUUGUUGAUGGAGCCAAUGCACAGAACAAUUCUGCUGGUGCCAUUUCUCAAUCUUCUGUGCCUGGAAAGCCUGCUGUCUCAAUGCCUGCAACUAAUCUUAAUAUUGGAAUGGACUUGUGGAAUGCAUCUUCUGGUGGUGCCGAAGCUGCAAAAAUGAGACAUAGUCAAUCCGGUGCCCCAGGAGUUGCUAUUGGUGAACAAUGGAUACAAGAUGAACGUGAGCUGAAGAGACAGAAGAGGAAACAGUCGAAUAGAGAGUCAGCCAGGAGGUCAAGAUUACGCAAGCAGGCUGAGUGUGAAGAGUUACAAAAGAGAGUGGAGACGCUGGGAAGUGAGAAUCGAACUCUCAGAGAAGAGCUUCAGAGACUUUCUGAAGAAUGCGAGAAGCUUACAUCUGAAAAUAAUUCUAUCAAGGAAGAGUUGGAACGGGUGUGUGGGCCAGAAGCAGUUGCUAACCUUGAAUAAAGCAGCAACACAUUUCAGUUUCUCAGUGUAGUGUUUGAUGGUAACGGCAAAAUUUGAUAGACUCUUAAUUAAGACGAAUCUGCAGCUGGAAUUUUCUUAUCAAUGGCCCGGUCUCUUAAUUGAGAAUAGGAUAUAAUGUUUUUUUUCCUUGUUAUACUAAUUUAUAUCAUUAACCCUCAAUUGUAAUUGCCCUUAUGAUUUUACAUGUCAUUAUUUGUUUGUAAUAUUUACCAGACAGUACCCCAGAAUAGAAAAUGUAGGCUACAUGAGCACUUCUGUUUAGAACUUAGUUUUGCAAGUAAUGUUAACAAUCCUGCUUAAACUUCCAAAUAUUUACUAUUUGACUUUGGAGCCA